AUGGCUUCAAAAUCCAAACCAGACUACGAGUUUGGCGGCCCUAUCGGCGCCGCUGGCAUCGUCCUCGGUCUGCCCGUCCUCCAAUACGUCUAUGCCCUUGGCUGUAACGACAUCGCCGGCUGCCCGAUCCCGUCCCUGCUCGACCCCAAGAACCUGUCUCUCGAGACCCUGAAGGCCGAGGCAGGAUGGCCCGCCGACGGCAUCUGGGGCUUCUGCAGCUGGGGCGCAAUGGGCUGGACUCUGGCCUACUAUCUCCUCAACCUGGUCCUGUACCGCGUGCUUCCCGCCCAGGAGGUCGAGGGCACCGAGCUGGCGUCGGGCGGUAGACUCAAGUACCGCUUCAACGGCCUCGCCUCGAGUACCUUUAUCCUCGUCGCCCUUGCUGCCGGUACCGUUGCCCAGGGCGCCGAGUUCCCCGUCUGGACCUACAUCACCGACAACUACCUCCAACUCCUUACCGCCAACAUCAUCAUCUCCUUCGCCCUGGCUGUCUACGUCUACGUCGCCAGCUUCUCCGCCAAGCCCGGCAAUCCCGAAAAGCGCGAGCUGGCCGCCGGAGGACACACCGGCAACCUGAUCUACGACUUCUACAUCGGCCGCGAGCUGAACCCCCGCGUCACCCUGCCCUUCUUCGGCGAGAUCGACAUCAAGACCUUUGCCGAGGUCCGCCCCGGCCUGCUGGGCUGGAUCAUCAUCAACUGCGCUUGGAUGGCCAAGCAGUACCGCAACUACGGAUACGUGACCGACAGCAUCGUCUUCAUCACCGCCGUCCAGGGUCUCUACGUCAUGGACAGCUUCGUCAUGGAGUCCAGCAUCCUCACCAUGAUGGACAUCACCAGGGACGGCUUCGGCUUCAUGCUUUGCUUCGGUGACCUCGGCUGGCUGCCAUUCUUGUACUCCCAGCAGACCCGCUAUCUGUCUGUCUACCCAUUUUCCAUGGGCUGGCUUGGCACUGCCGGCGUCGUGGCCGUGCUGUUGACUGGUUUCACCAUCUUUCGCCUGAGCAACAAGGAGAAGAACACGUUCCGGACCAACCCCAAUGACCCCAGCGUCGCCCACCUCAAAUACAUCGAGACCAAGACCGGCUCGCGCCUUCUCAUCUCGGGCUGGUGGGGUGUUGCGAGACACAUCAACUACUUGGGCGACUGGAUUCAGGGCCUACCAUAUUCCCUCCCAACGGGAAUUUCCGGCUACGUCAUCCUGUCUGCCGGCACCGGCAUCGCUGGCGCCUACAAGAUGCUUGAUGGCCGGGAGGUCGUCCAGGGUGCUGCCAGGGGCUGGGGCAUGCUGUUCACCUACUUCUACAUUCUCUACUUUGCUGUCUUGUUGAUCCACCGUGAUGGCCGAGACGACGAGAAGUGCAGCAGGAAGUACGGCCAGGACUGGGAGAAGUACAAGAGGACUGUCCGCUGGAAGAUCCUUCCCGGUGUGUACUAG